CGCCAGUGUGUGGCGCGCGCCCGUCUCUACCGAUCGCACGCCACCCGGACCGGUUACCACGUGAUAAACUUUAUACGCAACCGAGUGUAAAGAUUGAAAUAAAAUAAGAACAAUAAACAUAUCUGAAGUUUCUAGUCUUAUUUAGUGACACAUGGAUAUCACCGGCUUAGUACCUGACGGCGGCUCAGAUUGACAGAAAUUAUGCUGGAGCCGCGUUGGUCUUUAUAUUUACUCGCCAUUUUUAUGUUAGGCCUCGAUUCGAAGCUUGUCGGUCAAGCAUUCCAGCCCGAGUUCGCUGAGCCCAUAAGCAAUCUGACCGUCUCGAUCGGCCGAGAUGCCACGUUCAGAUGCUUAGUACAUAACCUCGGUGGAUAUAGGGUCGGGUGGGUUAAAGCGGACACUAAGGCUAUCCAAGCGAUACACGUCCAUGUGAUAACCAAUAAUCACAGGGUGGGCGUAUCCCAUAAUGGGCAGACUGUUUGGAAUCUGCACAUUAAGAACGUACGAGAGGAGGACCGGGGACAAUAUAUGUGUCAAAUCAAUACUGACCCGAUGAAAAGCCAGAUGGGUUACUUAGACGUAGUAAUCCCACCGGACUUCGUAGCUGAGGAGACAUCGGGUGACGUAAUGGUGCAUGAAGGUGGAACGGUCCGGUUGUCUUGUCGGGCGCGGGGACAGCCACCACCGAGAGUCACGUGGAAGAGAGAAGAUGGCUCGGACAUUGUUAUAAGGGACGCAAAUGGAGCUAAAAAUAAAGUGAGCAUGUAUGAAGACGAGAUUUUAACACUAAGCAAGAUUUCUCGCUCCGAUAUGGGUGCGUAUUUGUGCAUCGCGAGUAACGGCGUCCCACCCACAAUAAGCAAGAGGAUCAUCAUCAAAGUUCACUUUUAUCCGGAAAUUCAAGUUCCCAACCAACUGGUGGGUGCUCCUCUAGGAACUGACGUCACACUCGAGUGCUACGUUGAAUCAUCGCCAAAGUCCAUCAACUAUUGGGUUAGAGAUUCGAGUGAAAUGGUGAUUUCGUCGAGCAAAUACGAAGUAAUUAAUACAAUGGUCAGCUCGUUCGAAAGUCGUAUGGCGUUGACGGUGCGCAAGCUGGCGCCCGCUGACGUUGGGGGAUACAGAUGCGUUGCAAAAAACUCGCUCGGUGAAGUUGACAGCGUUAUUAGACUUUACGAAAUCCCAGGCCCAUCCGAUGAAGUGGCAAUUGCGUCAACCAGAAAAGAAGAUUAUAAGUACUCAACGCCCAUCGAAGGUCCCGACAACCAAUUCGGAUCAGCCGAAAAUUCCGAUGAUGAAGACGAAAGGGAAACAAUCACAGAUGUAUUAAGAGCCCCAAGCAAUUCCCUUGACAAUGUUAUAAAGAACAAAACAUUAUCUAACACGGCAAAUUCAAUUAAUAAACAAAAUAUAAGUAAUAAAAUACGUAAAAUAAUAAAUAAGCUAGAAACCGAAGCAAUAGAUAUCGUCGUUUCCAAUAACAGUUUUCUCAAUUCUAGAUCAAACGUUAAAAUUAUCAUCGUAUUUUAUAGUUUAAUUUUAUUAUCUUAAUUAAAACGAAUAUAAAUAA